AUGAGCUUACCUGCCAUUGGGAUCAUUGGUGCCAUCAAUGAAUGCGUCACUUUGUUUCAGUGGGCCAAGUCUGCCAUUUCAUCUCUGCAUUCCCGAUGGAGUGGCUCACAGGAGCAAAGCCUCCAGGAUGGUGUGUUGCUAUUGGAGAGUGGACUACAGCGCCUCAGGGAUACUUUUCCUGCAAUGUAUGACCUAAUCAACAAAGCAGAGUGGAGAAGCCAUGAGAAAAGUGUGGCCAAACUGCUUCCCAAUCUCAAGGAUGCAGUGUAUGAGGCCGAGGACCUUCUCGGUGAGUUCAAAUGGUACGAGAUGAAGGUGAAAAUGGAGGUCAUUGCAAGCAAAUCUUCUUUUAUUGAAUUUUUUGAUACGGUCAUCCAAGGCAGCUUCAACAAACUGAAUGAUAUCCAGUUGAGGUUGGAUCACCUUUCGAGACAGUUGGAGAAUAUGGGACUUUGUGGAGUUACACAACGCUUUGACAAAUUAGUCAGGCCUGAGACCACCUCUUUGCCAAAUGAAACAAAAAUAUUUGGUCGUGACGAAGAGCUGGAGCAGGUGUUGGGUUUUCUUAAUGUACCUACAAAUUCAAAACGCAAGCGAGCAACUAGUUCAACUAAUGCAUCAACAAGCGCAUCAGCAACCAACCAAGUUAGUAAUGAAUCAAGAAUAUCUAGUAUUCAUGUUCUGUCAAUAGUUGGAAUUGGGGGUGUAGGAAAGACUACUUUGGCCCAACAUAUCUCCAACCAUCAACGAGUGAAGUCACACUUUGAGCUAAUAAUUUGGGUUCGUGUCUCAGAUAAUUUUGAUGUAAAGAGGUUAACUAAAGAGGUCAUACAAUCUUGUAACGGAAAGGAGGCAACAUUUGAUAAUUUGGAUUCUCUUCAACGUGCUCUUUCAAACCAUGUGGCCAAAAAAGGUUAUUGA